UGAGAUUGUAUCAAUGUUAAAUGUAUUGAAAAGCGUAAUUAAGAAUUUUUAAUAUUUGUGGUUAAGUUUUAACAAUCUUUAAAUUAAAGUUAAAGACUAAUUUCUUAAAAUGCAGUUACCUGUUAAAGUUGGAAUUGCGGCCGGAUCCGCAUUCGUAUUUUUUCUUACUGUGGGUUUUGUGGUUUUUCCCAAAAUGAUUACCAGUCAAGUAAAAAAAAUGACAGCACUAAAACCUGGCAAUGAGAUUCGAGAUAUGUUCAUCAAAAUUCCCUUUUACCUAGAUUUUAGAAUAUUCAUGUUUAAUAUAAGUAACCCAGAUGGUAUUCAAAAUGGGGAAAAACCUAUAGUCCAACAAGUAGGUCCUUUUUGUUACGAAGAAUGGAAGGUUAAAGUCGGAGUGGAAGAUAUAGAAGAGGAAGAUAUGUUAAUGUAUAAUCAAACAGACACUUUUCUUCCAGCCAAUUGGCCAGGGUGUGUGGAUCCUGAUACGAUGGUAACAAUACCACAUCCAAUGAUAUUGGGUUUGGUAAAUGCAGUAACAAUCCAAAAACCAGGAGCUCUGUCUUUGCUUAACAAAGCCAUUAAAAGUAUUUAUGAAAAUCCAUCCAACAUUUUUUUAACAGCAAAAGCAAAAGACAUCUUAUUCGAUGGGAUUGUAAUAAAAUGUGGCAUAAAGGACUUUGCUGGAAAAGCAAUUUGCAGCCAACUUAAAAGCGCGUUGCCAAAUUUAAAUGAAAACGAUCUGAUAUUUUCAUUACUUGGAGCUAAAAAUGGUACUGCUGGAAAAAGGUUUCAGGUUUACAGAGGUGUAAAAAAUGCUCAUCAGCUGGGCGAAAUUGUUAAGUACGAUAACCAAUCUGUUAUUGAAAACUGGCCAACAAAACAGUGCAACGAAAUACAUGGUACUGAUGGUACGAUUUUCCCCCCGUUCUUAACUAACGAAGAGGGAUUGGUGUCGUUUUCUCCAGAUUUAUGCAGAUCUCUAAAAGCGUUUUUUGUGAAACCAGAAAAUUACGAUGGUAUACCCGCAAAAAUGUUUACGGCAAAUUUAGGCGACAGUUCGACUAAUGCCAACGAAAAAUGUUACUGCACUACUCCAGAAACGUGUCUGAAAAAAGGUCUGAUGGACCUGUUUAAAUGCACCGGAGUUCCCAUUUAUGCCUCGCUGCCUCAUUUCCUAGAUGCCGAUAAAAGUUAUCUGGAUGGAGUUCAAGGCCUUUCGCCCGAUGCAGAGAUACACCAAAUUAAAAUUUUAUUUGAGACGACUACAGGAAGUCCUUUGUAUGCGAAAAAGCGACUACAGUUUAAUAUGCCUUUAAAUGCCAAUGAUAAAGUGGAUUUGUUUAAGACUAUGCCCAGUUCGGUGUUACCAUUAUUUUGGAUUGAAGAGGGCGUUGAGCUUAACAACACCUUCACCAAACCACUAAAGGACCUCUUCAAAAUAAAAAAGAUUGUCAAAAUCGGUACAUGGUUGGUAAUGGUGGUAAGUGUUGUACUGAUGGCUGGGGCAGCAUACGUUUACUUUAGCAAAUCUGGAUCGGCCAACGUAACUCCUGUCGAAAAAUCUGAUACACCAGACAACGUUAAAAAUAUGAUACACAUGAACAUGAACUAUGGGAUGAAUGAUGAAGGACACGUAAAUCCAAACAUGACGAAUGGAGAUCCUGAUAAAUAUUAAGUUUGUUUUAAGACUUAUAAAUAUUGUUAUUUAACUUGAUUUUACUGUUUAUUAAAAAAAGUAUACAUAUAUCCAAAUUGGUAACUAUCGAAGAAUAUGUAUAAAAUGUAGAUAUGUAUUUUAUACAAACACUUAUUAAACAGUAGAUUAAUACCAAAGUUAGUCAAUUGUUUAACUAAUUAUGUAAGUAGUAGUGUUAAUAAAAAAUAAUGAAACAUAAUUUUAUACAAAAAUAUUUUUUUAUAAAAUAAAUAUUUUCAAUAUACAUUCAAUAUGGCUGUUGUUAAAAUGUUAAAAAAAAAUCUUAUAAAGCAUUAAAAGAUAGUAGUUGUAUAAGGGUAUAAAAAACUUAAUUAAGAAAAAGUUUAUUUGUUAUUUAAGGUAUCUUAUUGUAUUUCUUUUACUAAAAUUAAUUAAACUUAAUUAAACUUAAUAUGCUAAUAAUACUAUUUUUGGAAUUUAAUAAGAGAGAGUACAUAACAAAAAUAGUAAUAUGGUUUAUUUUAAACUUCUUGUAUAUUUUAAGCAUGCCAAAUC